AUGAUCAAUGAUUACGACGGCCACGGGUUAAGCUUCCAAAAGUAUCCAAACGAGAACAUCAAGGCAUGGGUCAUCAUCCCGUUGGAAACCGUUGCAGUCGAUCGAAUCGGCCAGAUCGAUAUUGGCAUCAGAGACCAGUAUUCCCGGUUCUUGACGGUGCCAAACUACACCUUCUUCUCCAAUGCGCUUGAGACGCCUCACAACGCCAUACAUCUGGCCGUCGGCGGUGUUCAGGUCACCAAAGUGGACGCGCAAGCUGCAGAUGUCCCCGAUUAUAGGGGCGAUAUGGGGGAGAAUUAA